UCCUUCUUUCACCCACAGAUUCACGUGUUCAUGCGUUUCAAAAUGCCGUCGACAACACACAACAGAAGACUAUGUAAUACUUUCAGUGUAGCUAGCUGUUCAUGGCCGGCAGUAGUAACACGUACUUGUACGAAAUAUGUUCUUAGUCGCCCACACGAACAACUUUCAAAAGUUAGAAUUUAUCGAAAAUAUCCACUCGUGGUAGUUUACGGCUCGUUUUCGUUGCGUGAAUCAACUUUAGUCUGCUGAUUAAAUAAUCAAAAACUCGACAUUAACGGUAAACUAUAAAAAUACGUGCAAUUAUGAGUACUGUGAAAUAUCUUUGAUGACAGCUGACCGCUGGAAUGUUCGUGUUUUUUGUUGAGGAAUCCCACAAGCAAAUAGGAAAAUGUCACAACUAUUGAAAUUAACAAAGAAAUCUUGUCUGAAGAUAUUUCGGAAAAUCGCACCUCUUAAGCCGUUGUCUGCGAGGAAACUUGAAGAGGAAGACGAGAUCUCCAAUGUUAAUCACGGUGUGUCAUCAUGUUACGAAGAACCACCGCCGGCUUCAAUACCUCAGCACCCGCCAGAGAACGAACUUAAUACUAAGCCGCGCAACCUCAAUGAAGAUAAACCCGUCCAUGAUUUCGAGACUUCAUCAGCCUAUGAGGCUGACGGUGAAGACUUUAGCUUAACCGACCACGAAAAUAAUCAUAUUCUUCAAUGUCUGACGUCACGACUAUUUUUGGCCUCUGAUGGCUAUGAGUUUCAACGCUUACAGCAACUGCGCAGCGACACGGUCUCGGAGAUAGUGUCGUAUGAGCCUGAAUUCGAUGCGCGCGAAAUGGUAUUUGAAAAAGUCAAAUACAAUAAGCACGUGCGCUAUUUCCGUCGCACUCCGUCCACUUUGAGUUUAGAUGAUGUUGAUGACAUCGCACAUAGCAAGAGCUCACCAAGCAUUGAUCCGUUGGCGGAUCCACUAAAACGAGCCGACAUUGGCGCAGCAGCGCAGCGCAGCUACGAGUACAAUGCCAGCGAUACUAAUCAACCACCAACCGUCCAUUAUAUUUCACAGUAUAUACCCGCAUAUGUGCCUAUGAAUGUAAUGAAUUUAGAAAUUAAGAAUCCUGGAAAUUUUGAGAGAGUUGUUAUUGCAGAGCAACGCGACCGCUUUGACAAAUUGAUGCCCGUUGUCAAAUGGGACAUUAAUGGCAAUUCGUUGGACGACGAUUUUUACAUUGAUGACAGUUGGAAUGAUGAUACUGACAUACAUUGGAAUAAUAGAAAAAGUGAAAAACGUGUUUCUCAAUUCAAGUUGGAUGCUGAGUCCCAAAAGUCCAGUUUUCGUUCCAGUUCCACGACACUGGAAACAUGGCUAGACGAGGAUUUGUUGGGCAGUUCGCUUAAUGAACGGCGCCAAUUUACGGCCAAUAUUUGCCGAUCUAAGGUUUAAGCUGUUUUGUAAGAGCUCAAAUGGCUGAUGUUGUGAAUUCAGUAUAUUAAUAAAAGUAUUUAAUAGUAUGUAUUUAAUUUUAUUCAAUAUUUAUUAUAUUUAAACGCAUAAACAAUGAUGUAUUCUUAAAGCUUGCAUAUAUUUACAUUAAAACUUUGUACCCAUACGUCUAAGCAUUAAAUUGUGUCUUAA